AUGCCUGGCAGCUUAGAAGGUCGAUAUAUCAAACUCGAAGUUAUCAGCGGACAAAAUCUUCAACUUCCCUCCGAGCGCGUUCCCGCUGGUAUCUACAUAUCUAUUAAUGUUGACUCGGGGAGACGCUGGAAAUCAGCCAUCAGAAUCUUAUCAUCCGACAAAUCAGUCGCGUGGGGCGAUACCAUGACCAUAUCAUUAGACGCAUCAUCUGAAUUAUCAGUGGAGAUCAGGGCGUCCUUCGAGUUCGAUCGGAUACUUGGCAAUGGAGAAGCCAUUGGAAAACUUGAGAUGUCAUGGGAUGCGCUGCUCGAUCAUGGAAAUGAGCCUUUCGACAUCUCCUUCCCGCCUGUUGAUGGUGUUCACCCUUCCCUCACGCUGAAGGCCGCUGUUCUACAUCCUUGCGACAAUCAGGACGGCGCACUGCUUGACUUCAUCGUUGAAAGUGAGAUUGCUCGAGAGACGGAUGCGGGCUAUGAACAGUUUGCCACAUACGUGACAAGCAAGACGGUCUCUUACCUGAACGAAGCCGUACAGCAUUUCCAGUUGGUCCUGGACCAAUGUUCGGUCAGCCAUCCUGACCGCGCAGCGGCUCUCACCAACCUCGCGUGGGCCCGCCUCAAAGGUUACAUUCGAGACGAUCUUCAAGACAUCGACUGUAUCACCUCUCUCUUCCGCGAAGCCCUCGCAUUGCGUUCGCAGGACCACCCUGAUCAUCCAUUAUCCAUUUGUCACCUCAUUAACGCAUUGACCUGGCGCUACAGCAAGGAUCCCACUGCCGUCGAUAUCCAGGAAUCCGCGCAGCUGUACUGCAAGCUAUUGCCCCUCUGUCCAGAGGGCACCUACCUUCAUAACAUCGCGGCAGGGGCAAAUGGCGUCGAUUAUGUGAUCUGUGAAUGCAAUGGUCUUCCAAUAGACGCAUCCGAUGAAGGCAUCCACAUCCGACGAGUGGUACUCGAGCUCUGUUCUCCGGGCAACGAGCACCGUCCAGAAGCACUUAACACGCUUGCAUGGGCUCUUGGAUCGCGUUUUGCACAAUGUGGCAGCAUUGACGAUCUAGACGAGUGCAUCCAACGCGGUCGUGAAGUCGUUUCUUUGUGCUCUGAGGGACAUUCUGAACGCGAUAUCUACCUGAAUAACUUGGCCUACUCACUCGAAGACCGCUUCAUACACCAAGGCAAAUAUCAUGACCUCAACGAGGCCAUCUCUUUGUAUGAAGAAGUGCUGCGCCUGCGCCCUGUUGAGGACAAAUUUCGUGAUUUCUCGUUGGACAACCUAGGGGAUGCCCUCUUCACCCGUUUCAAGCAACAUGGUGAUGUUAACGAUAUUAACAGAGCUAUCGGCCUCCAGCGCGAGGCACUGACGUUGUGCCCGCCUGGGAAUCCAUAUCGUCAUUCCACACUCAACAACCUUGCCAACGCGCUCAAAUCCAGAUAUGGCAAAUGGGAUGUCAUUGAAGAUCUCAACGAGGCCAUCGACCUGCUCCGGGACUCGCUUCAGUUACAGCCGCAUGGGCAUCCACAUCGCCAUCAAACUCUAUACAAUUUGAGCACGGCGCUCUGCCCUCGUUUCAUGCAAACUCAGAAGAAUGAAGAUGUCGAGGAGGCAAUUCGACUGUGCCAAGAAUCGUCAGAGGCUUUGCCUUCACUGCACCCGGACAAAUUUUUCGGUUAUGCGGGGUUGCAGGAAGCCUAUUUGUCUCGUUACAGAGUGCAAGGCAAAUCUGCUGAUUUGUCGCUCGCUGUAGAGAACUUCAGGCUGGCAUCACGACAUCCCACGCAUGGUUUUCCAGGCCGCAUUCGGGCAGCCUGGCACUGGAUCGUCACAGCAGAGCAGCACAGUCACCCAUCUGCAUUGGAGGCCUAUACAUCAUUUCUCGACCUUCUUGAUCGUCACUUGGCAACACGAUCAUCGGCAAUUUCACGGCGCGAAGCUGCUGCUGCCUUCCAAUAUGCCAGAUCAGUGCCUGUGGAUGCGGCAUCGUGUGCCAUCUGGCAUGACAAUCUACGACACGCAGUGAAACUCGUGGAGCGGGGUCGUGGCCAACAGUGGUCGUUAGCCUCUCGUCUCAAGACUCCAGUUGAAGACCUCGAGUCGGAAAAUCCGACUCUAGCCCACAGAUUUUUGGAGCUGAGCAAGUGUCUAUCCGAGGCUCAAGGUUCCACAGUCAGCACAGACAGAGCUGCUGCUGACAGGGCAGAAACUCAGUACAGGAAACAUACGGAGCAGUGGGGAGCUGUGGUAGCUGAAAUCCGUAACCUUAAAGGUUUCUCAGGGUUCCUUCUCCCACCGUCGUAUGGAGAAUUGCAAUUAGCAGCGCGUCAUGGCCCAAUCAUCAUCCUCGUUGCGAGUGGAUACUCAUGCAGCGCCAUUGUUGUCCCGACGUCAGGAGACCCCCAUCAUGUUCCCUUGCCGUCUAUUACCCUUGCAGAUCUGAAGAAUCUCAAGGAUCGCUUCGCUAGGGCGAUACGACACGCAUCCAUUAUGGGCCCAAAGGUGCCGCGGAAUGACCUAAUUGUCCUCUUGCGAGUAGUAUGGGACAACAUCAUGCUACCCAUCGUCAACGUCCUCCAGCAUGACCUGAAAUUACAGCACCAAUCUCGGAUAUGGCUAUGUCCAACUGCCGCUUUCACGUCCAUUCCUCUCCAUGCCGCUCAUCCCUUUCAAACAAAGGCAGAUCGCUCGAAGGAGCCAUGCCUGGAGGAUCUCUACAUCUGUUCUUACACCCCGACACUUUCGGCUUUGAUCAGAUCUAGGCAGAUGAUGAAGCAGCGCGUCCCUCCAUCUUUUGUAGCGAUCGGACAGGGUCAGCCGCGUGCAGGGAAAAGCAAGGAGCUCUUGACUGUCGACAGCGAGAUCGAGCUUGUUCGAAAGCUCAUACCUGCGACGGCCAACCGUACCACUAUUUCUGGCGAUGCAGCCACACGAGCAGGUGCACUGCAAGCAUUGCAAGACAACAACUGGGUACACCUUGCGUGCCAUGGAAAACAGGACCGCGAACAGCCUUACAAUUCUCAUUUCGUCAUGAAAGAUGAACCUAUCACGCUACUUGAUAUUAUGGAGAAAGACAUUCCUCACGCAGAGUUCGCGUUCUUAUCAGCGUGUCAUACCGCCGUCGGCGAUGAGGAGACUCCCGACGAGGUGAUUCACCUCGCGGCUGGACUGCAAUUUUCAGGGUUCAAGAGCGUCAUUGGCACGCUGUGGGAGGUCGACGACGCCGUUGCAAAACAUGUUGUGAAAGCUUUCUACGAGAAUAUGUUCAAGGAUUUGGAGGAUGGUGGUGUGAUGGACUGCACGAAGGCGGCCUGGGCACUCAAUCGUGCUACGCACGCUGUGAAGACGAAGGUUCCGCUGGAGCAGAGAAUGGUUUUCGUUCACGUUGGUUUUACUUUCUACACGAUCUGGAAGGCUAGUGGUUCGGUUGAAGAAGUUCGAUUGGAGGGACAGCUGUGUAUGACAGUCAACUUGUUAUUUCGAGGUAGGAGUAUCAAAGCCAGGUAA